AUGUUUGUCAGAGAUUGGGGUGUUCUAGAACCAGAAAGGGGACCAGACCCAGGAUCGCGAUGGACGGUCGUGUUAGAUGGAGCCUCUAAUGCUCAAGGAAAUGGAACAGGGGCAAUCAUCACCUCCCCAACUGGGUUUCACCUCCCUUUCACUGCGAGACUAUGUUUUGACUGCACCAACAAUAUGGCAGAAUACGAAGCGUGUAUCUUCGGGUUGGAAGUCGCUAUUGACUUAAAGAUCAAGAUCUUAGAAGUCUAUGGAGAUUCUGCGUUGGUAAUAAGCCAAAUCAGAGGAGAUUGGGAAGUUCGUGAUCCCAAGUUGAUCCCUUACAGAGAACAUGUCUUGAAGCUGAUACCGUAUUUCGAUGAAGUAACAUUCCAUCAUAUUCCCCGAGCGGAAAAUCAACUGGCUGAUGCUCUGGCCAUCCUGGCUUCCAUGUUUAAGGUCAAAUGGAAGAACGAAGCACCUUCUUUCCAACUUGAUUACUUGGACGAGCCAGCAUACUGUUUAGUGGCUGAAGAGGAAUCAGACGGUCACCCCUGGUUCCACGACAUCAAAAAGUAUCUAGAGAAGCAAGAGUAUCCAGAAGAUGCAUCCAUUAUAGACAAGAAGUACCUUUGA